UGGUUCGGUAGGAGUGGACGUAUACUACUUCUACUGCGGAGAAUUAAAGGGAAUUGUGUGUGUUUCUUUUCCCGAGGAGUUGAGAGUCGAGAGUCCUGGUUGGUCCAGCUCUCCUGCUUCAGCAUGAGCAGCGCGUGAAAGGAUUUUAAUUUCGACGACACUCGGUUUGCUAGAUGGAGGAACCAGAAGGAACAGAUACGAGUUACUGUGCGGGAUGUGGAGGAGAAAUCCAAGACUCGUUUCACACCAAAGUCCUCCAGGACACCUGGCACAACGCCUGCUUUCAGUGUUCUGUGUGCUGUGACCACCUGACUAACUGGUACUAUGAGAAGGAAGCCCAGCUGUACUGUCGCAAGCACUACUGGGAGAAGUUUGGAGAGCUCUGCCAUGGCUGCUCCCUCCUCAUGACUGGACCUACCAUGGUGGCCGGAGAGCACAAGUACCACCCCGAGUGCUUUGUGUGUCUGAGCUGCAGGGUGGUGAUUGAGGACAGGGAUACCUACGCCUUGGUCGAGAGAUCCAAACUCUACUGUGGAAAGUGCUACAAGCAGGUGGUUCUUACACCCAUGUUGGAAAAGUGCUCCCACGACUCCGUGAUCGACUCCCUGCCGCACACCGUGACCCUCAUCUCGAUGCCCUCUGCAGCCAACGGCAAGAGGGGCUUCUCCGUCACGGUGCUGAGGGACGACAGCGGCUCAGCGAGUGUUCAAGUCAAAGAAGUCAGAGGGAUGCUCAUUAGUCCAGAGGUCCGAAAUGCCAUCCACGUUGGGGACAGGAUCCUGGAGAUCAAUGGCCUUCCUGUGGGGACAAUGAUGCAGGAGGAGGUGGAUGAUCUUAUCCACCACACCAGUCACACGCUGCAGCUCCUUAUGGAGUAUGACCCAGUGAGGCAGCGUUUAGACCGCCUCAGACUGGGAUCGCCAAGAGCCCGUCUGGGAGUCCCAGCCACGGCCCGCCUGCAUCUGUCCUCGCCCCCCAACGCGGUCCUGGAGAGAACUGAUGUGGUUGAUGACGGCACAUUGAAGAGGAGGUCUUUGAGGCGCAGUAACAGCACAUGUCAGUCACCAGGGCCAAAUUCUCCUAAAGAGAUGCCUUUCAUUACCCGAGACAUCGGCCGCUCUGAAUCCUUGAGAUCCUCCAGUAGCUGCUCUCAUCGCAUCUUCCGGCCGCAUGACCUCAUCCACGGAGAGAUCUUAGGAAAAGGCUUCUUCGGGCAGGCUAUAAAAGUCAGCCUCCAACUUCUUAUCUUUGUAUUUAUCUUACUUUGUGACUUUUUUAGGGUCCUCGUGCGAUGGGCUUCAAGUCAUGCAAAGGUUGCUUUCUCCCACCAACAGGUGACCCUUAAAGCCACAGGAGAAGUGAUGGUGAUGAAGGAGCUGAUCCGUUGUGAUGAAGAGACCCAGAAGACUUUCCUGAAGGAGGUCAAAGUGAUGCGAUGCCUCGAGCACCCCCACGUGCUGAAGUUCAUCGGCGUGCUCUACAAGGACAAGCGGCUCAAUUUGAUAACCGAGUAUAUUGAGGGAGGAACCCUGAAAGAUUUCAUCAGAGACACGGAUCCAUUUCCAUGGGAGCAAAGGGUGAGCUUUGCAAAGAGCAUCGCUUCUGGCAUGGCCUACCUUCACUCAAUGAGCAUCAUACACAGAGACCUCAACUCUCACAACUGCCUGGUUAAAAUGGACAACACCGUGGUGGUUGCUGACUUUGGACUGUCCCGACUCAUCCUAGAGGACAAAGUUCAGCCUCUACCUGAAAAACCAACCAAUAAGGAGAGGGUGUUCAGGAGCAUCGACCGAAAGAAGCGCUACACUGUCGUGGGAAACCCUUACUGGAUGGCUCCAGAGAUGCUAAAUGGUAAACGCUAUGACGAGAAGGUGGACAUUUUCUCCUUUGGGAUCGUACUCUGUGAGAUCAUUGGAAAAGUCUAUGCAGAUCCAGAGUGCCUGCCCAGGACUCUGGACUUCGGCCUGAAUGUUGGCAAGUUCGUGGAGCAGUUUCUCCCUGAAGACUGUCCUCCAGCUUUCUUUCCCCUGACUGUGGCCUGCUGUGACCUCACCCCAGACAACCGCCCAGCUUUCCAGAAGCUGGAGGACUGGAUUGAAGCGCUGUCCCUCAACCAGGAGCUGGGGAUCCCCUUGCCAGCCGAGCUGGAUGAACUUGACCAGAGUGCGAAUCGCCUCUACAUGGCGAAGGACAGCUCUCCAUCCCAGAGCACAACUCAGUCCCCAACCCCGACAGCAGCCCCUCCAGACUCAUCCAGCACGACAGACGGCGGUACCUAGAACCGGGGGGUCAUCUUUGACCCCUCUGAACUGCUGCACUAAUACUGUGGACGAGAAAAAGAGGGAAAUUGCGUUCAAGCCGAACCAUUUUAGAACUGGAUGACCUGUGGUAGUUGGACCAAUCUCCUUGUGUGGCACCGUGACUCUAAAGAGUGCCGGUAAACUGCAACAGGGGUGGAAAGACGCAUUUCAAAAGGACCAGUGUUUACUAAUUAAUUCAACACACACACACACAGGGUUUUACUAAUGUUUACGGUGCUUAAAGACAAUAUGUAACCUUCUUUGGUCCUUUCCCCGACAAAAGACAAACUCCUUAAUUAGAUUCGAUGAGUCUGACGUGACGGUGGUUUAGUUGUGGAGUGGACUGCUCCGUCCUUCUCAACCAGACGACUUCCCUUCAGCAGCAGAGCGAGGCGCUUCAGUCUGGCUGACUGGCGGGUCCAAGUAAACUAAUAUUUUAGGAUUUAGUUUUCUGUCUAAACGCCGCUGAUACAAUUUUUGACGAGAUGGUUAUAAGUAUGCUUCUGUACUUUCUAGACGAAUGAUGAAUUAACUUUUUGCCAUGCUGACAUUUCGUUCAAAGUUUCUAUCAAACACCUGAUGGAUAUUAAAUAAAAGUAAAACUGGGCAGAAGGUAGGGGCUGUUAUUAAUAAUUGUCAGACAGUCACUCUCACACAAUUUGACCAUAAGAAGUUGCUUUAUACAAAAUAACCAGAUUUUGGUUUUCUUAAGCGAUGUAUAUAAAUAUGUACAUAUCAUGCCUCUAAUUAAAUGCCAUUUUCUAGAUUUGUAGAUUUUGAGACAUUUUGUCAUCUUUGGAGGCUUAUCCCUUUUUCUCUAUCAUCAUAAGGUACGGACGAUGAGUUCUAACCACUAUUAUUUAUAUCACUGUAGUGUUUCAUAAAUAAACCUUCAAGUACUUUUGUUCAUGUCAUUCUUCAAUGUUGCGGGUCAGUAAAGGUGUUGAUAAGUGUCGUCAGAAUCCGGAUCCGAUUGAGGAUCAGAGUUAAAUCAUUUGUAGUAACGGAUGAAGGAAGUGGGUUUUCUUUUCCACAAACAAUUACAAACUGAAAUCAUUUUUUAAUUUAUCUUUCAUGGAAUUUACUGAUUUACCUCUGACUUCACUUAGACAAAAGUUUUUUGUUGUCCUUGAUGGAAAUGCAAAAUAAAAAGAUCAGAACAUGAA